AUGUUACAUUGCAGAAGAGUCGCGAGUGAAAAGAGUCUUUGGAUUCCGAGCACCGGAUGGUGGAACAGCGCGAAUUGCUUGACUGUCAUUACGGAUCUGGCCGCUAUCGACAGCAAUGUUAAGAGCUCGGUCGCUGGAGUUCUGUCUAACACCCACGUCAAAGCACAGCAGUACAACCUGAACAUGACCAAGGUCCAAGGAACAGAGUCGCAACCUUUCUUGCCGCAGUGCUAUUAUGGCAAUCAAUGGCCGUACUUUCCCCCAUCUUGGUCACAAAAGCAUGGACGGCCUCCGGCGCGAAAAACGAGCGGGUUCUUGAAUGACUACUAUGAUGAUGAGGGCUGGUGGGCAUUGGCGUGGAUUGCAGCGUACGAUCUCACCAAAAGUCAGCAGUAUUUGUCUCAAGCUGAGGCUAUCUUCGAUGACAUGAAUGCUGUAUUUGGAAAGACGAAUUGCAGUACCAACUCCGGGGGCAGGGGAGGGAUCUGGUGGGAUCGGCCACAGACAUAUGUCAACGCGAUCGCCAACGAGCUCUUCCUCAGCGUGGCGGCAUCUUUGGCGAACCGAGCUCCAAGCAGCAAAACCGACUAUCUUGCUAUUUCGAAGCAGCAGUGGGCUUGGUUCAAGGGUACGGGCAUGAUCAAUGCUCAGAACACGAUCAACGACGGUCUGAACCAGCAGACUUGCCAGAACAAUGGAGGGACCGUAUGGUCUUACAACCAAGGCGUGGUCCUUGGCGGUCUGGUGGAGCUCAGCAAGGCCACGAAGGACACAUCCUAUAUCGCGACUGCACAGAAAAUCGCAGACGCUGCCAUCGCGGCUCUGGCUCCAAAUGGCAUUCUCCAAGACCCAUGCGAACCCGACUGUGGCGCUGACGGGACGCAGUUCAAAGGCGUCUUUGUUCGCAAUUUGCAGAAAUUGCACACCGCUAGUCCGAAGGCGCGCUAUGCCAACUUCUUGGAUACCAAUGCGAAUAGCAUCUGGGCGAAUGAUCGGCGAGGGAGCACGCUUAGUGUCCGCUGGUCGUCUUUUGUCCCGCCUGGCAAUGCUUCUACGCAGAGCAGUGCUAUGGAUUGUCUGGUUGCGUCACUGGCGACGUAGAGGAAGUGGGGUUUGGGUGUGGAAGAGACAUGGUAUACGACAGCAUGUAUAUGUAUCAGCCAAAUCAAUGCAGCCUCGUUAUCGAGAUCGUACUGUACAACAUGGUGGCUGAGGUCAUGCGAUGAUGACGGCGAAGAAGAAGUCGGGUGUGAUUGCAGGCGCGACGCUUGCCUUUCACAGAGACCUCAGCGGCUGAUGUUGUGUAUUGCGGUCGGUCGGGGACAAUACUAGUACGCAUCCGAUUUGAUGCAUCGCUCUCGC